AUGCCUCGCCGCAAGAUUAAUUGGUUGUAUUGGCCAGAUACUCUCCCUCCAUCGGACGACGCCGACGAUAACCUUACCCGUGACGGUGUCGCGAGUCGACCUGACAUCGAAGACACAACCCUCAUUGAUUGGGGUCUUGGGCAGAGUGAGCUAGUGGAAAGUGGAUCUACUGUCGAUUUGCUGUGCAUGGAAGGAGCAACUCCUCACUGGGAGCACAACGUUAGCGACGAGGAUUUGAAAGCCCUUUUGCAGUUGCCUGAAGACAAGCCUGAAGCACGCUCGAUUAGAAUGUGCUUUCUGAGCACGCGACAAACAGACGCUGGAUGGCUUCCUGGCAAUUUCAGCAUUCGUCCUGAGACGAUCCGCACUCUUCGCAAAGCUGGAUUGUCAGAUGUGCUCCUGACGAAUCUCUACUCAAAGCACGGAAAUUGGUCGAGGAUGGCCAACCAACAAUAUGUACGAUACGAUCAGGACAAAACGCUCAAAUCCUUCGAAUAUUGCUAUCAAUACCGAUGUGGUUGGGAUAAUGGUGUCGGCUACAUCCACUGUGUUCGAGGACAGCAUCGAACGACGUACUUCUGCAUCAACUACCCCUCUACUGCGGUGAAAAGACUGCGUUUAGCAAUGAAGUUCGAACCAAACAUUGUAUAUCGAGACUUCUUCGUCGAUACCUUGGUCGCUAAUGAAAGUUCGGGGCAAUGGCAAGCUAAUAUCCAUCACCGAAGACAGCUACUCCAAAAAUAUGAAAGCCAGUAUGAAGAUGGAAAUAUUAACUACCACUCAUCAACUGUCGGACUGCACAAACUCUCUCGACACUGGCUUACACUGGGCCAAGACUGUACGGACUUCUACUUGCAAUUGAAGUUUUUGCGCAGCACAUAUGAUAUCUAUAUGAAGACACUAGAGUCACAGAGUCCCGUCUGGGCUGUCGACACUACGGUAGAUAUUCGCGAAUCUUUUGACCUCUUUUCAUCGCAGUGCGACGUUUUUGUGAGAUGGGCGAGAACAUAUCACGAACGAACGAAUCUUCGUAUCAACCUCCUUUUUCAUCUCGCAAACCAGCGAGAGUCGCGCACUAGUACUGAGAUAGCAUCCUUAACUGCAAAGCCUAUUGUUGAUCGACGUGUGUUGAUCCGCUCAAAGGUUGCGGAACAAACGCAGCGUGACUCUGCAUCGAUGAUCACAAUCGCCGCAAUGACAAUGCUCUUUCUGCCAGGCACAUUCGUUUCGGCAGUACUUAGCACGACGUUCUUUGACUUCGACAGUGACGGAAUAAGCGUUUCGCGCAAAUGGUGGAUUCUGCUUGCCGCCACCAUACCCCUCACGAUCCUAGUCUUUUGCAUAUGGCUAUACUGGCGGGCCAACAGGCUGGAAAGGACGGCCAGUCGGGAUUCUGCUUCGCCGUCAAAGCCUUGGUGA